CAGCAGACGCCUUGCUGGAACUGCGACUCAGUUUUUCUUUGCGGCUCAGAUUGGUUUCUCGCAAAUCUUGAUGAACAACGACCGCUUGUCCAAAACCGUGGAUGAUCAAGCUGCGGAAAUCGCUAAGCUGAAAAAGAGCUCGAGUGAAGGCCGAGAGGCUUUGAUGGGGGAGGUCCGUCCGUUGGUGGAGCGGGAGUUCGAGGAGCGGCUGGCUCGCAAAGAGAAAGACCUAGCAGCGGAAAGGGAAGCGGUUAAGAAGGUGCGGUUGGAGUUGGCCCAGUUGCAAGAUCGUGCUAAGAAGUCAAGUGAGAUGGAGAAGUUGUUGCUGGAAGAACAAGAUUCCCUUCGCAAAGAAAUAGAUUCGCUGAAGCUGGAAAGGAAGAAUCAUCAAGCAGAGUUGGAA